AUAUGUCAGAGGAUAUGGUUAAAACUAUCCAAGUCUUACUUCAAGAGGAGAAGGAUGAGGAUAGGAAGAAUAUCUGAGGUUAUAAAAUUGAUUCAUGUUUUAUCAACCAUCCUGAGCAAGAACCAAGGAUUCCUUGCUUCUUUUCACACAGUAAGGAUGAAACUAGGAGGAAGCCCUUCAAUAAGGGUCGUAUCUGAUACCUCAAUGAGAUGUGCAACAAUUUGAAAGAUGGAGAAUGUGGCCAAGGAAAUGAAUGAAAAUACUGCCAUUCAGAGUUAGAGUAUCUGUACCACCCUGUGCAAUAUAAAACCCAGAUGUGCCAGAAAGGGUCUCAUCCUUUCCCGGAUUUCUGCCCUCACGCUCACACUGAAGAGGAUAUUCGACUUGUAGAGGGGUAUUUCCAGUGGUUACAAAUUCCAAGCCAAAAUUUGAGAGAAGAGCAAAAUAAAGCAGAGGAUCUAGAACAAGAGAGUGAAGAGAAGCCGCUUGAUAAAGUUGAUGAUCUUCCUACCAAACUGCCUGGGAAACGCAAAGGAGGCAAGAUGAAGAAGUCUGUCUCAAUGAAUGUAGCUGGGCCUGGUGGCAUGGAAGCAGCAUUUCCUCUAACCAAGAAGAAAAAGCAAGGACGAAACCGGAAGAAAAGUAACAAGAGUAAAAAGUCUGUUGAUGGAAAGAUGGUCGAUGCCUUGUGAUUUCUCGAUCUCAAAACUUUUAAGGUAAAGCAGUGCACAGCUGGUACUAAUCAUAACCCAAAGAAAUGUCUCAAUUAUCAUGACUUUAAGAGAGAUAGACGAAGACCUAUAGGCACUUACUCUAGUGAGCAAUGUAAGAAUGUUUCUAAAGGAGGAGAAUGAAGAUAUGGAGAUAAUUGUAAAAGAGCUCAUAAUAGAGUCGAAGAGUUUUACCAUCCUGAGAAAUAUAAAGUCAAAUUUUGCUCAAAGUAUCCGAACGACCUUGAUUCUUGCGAAUAUGGGCAAUUCUGCUCUUUUGCACAUCAUCCUGAGGAGAUCAAGGUUGAUUUGAUAGAUGAAAUGGAGCGAGAUGAGGAUUUCUAUAUGUUCCAUUUUAAGACUGUAUGGUGACCAUAUACGGAGAAAAAGCAUGCUAGGGAUGAAUGCGUAUAUGCUCAUAAUUGGCAGGAUUUUAGAAGAAAACCUCAAUUAUUCCCUUACUCACAUGAGCAAUGUCCUCAAUGGCAUUCAAGAACAUUUAUCCAAGUUUAUGGAGAUGGCUGUAAAAAUGAAUUUUUGUGUCCCUACAGUCAUGGUUGGAAAGAGCAAGAAUAUCAUCCUAAAUAACUAUAAAAUGAAUGCUUGUAGAAAUGAUUCAAACUGCAAUAAACCCCAUUGACCAUACUUCCACUCUGAUGCACAAAAGAGAGCCCAAAUACCCGAUGGGUUCAAGUUAAUGCCUAAAAAUAGAGGCACAGUGUUUCAGAAUAAUGAAUAUUUAGCAGAGUAUAUCCAAAAUCAGGCUCCUUUGGUGUUGCCUCAUAGAAGCAAAAUUUAUCAUCCAUCGACUGCCCCAUUCGUGAAUUCUGAUGUAUUUAUGAAACAGCCUUAUUACAUAAUCCAUGCUUCUCUAGGAUUCAAAGAUCAAUCACAGUUUUCAUAUUACCUGACAGGACAUGCAGAGGAUCAGCAAGAGCAUAAACAAAAAGGUUCUGUGGCUUCCUCAAAAGGGAAGAUUCCUAGGACAUUUUCUCAUAAUUCUCAUAUGAACGUGGGUUCUAGCGUACCUUUCUACCCAGGAAAAGGGAAGGUAAUUUCAAAGCCAAUGAUGCAUCAGAUUCAAUCUUACAAAGAUAUUAGAAGCAGGUUCCCAACCAGCGCAUCACAUGGGAUGCUAGUGGGGAUGGGAGAGAACCCUCAUAAUGUUUAUUCACAACCUCCAGGACUCGAGAACUCAAUCCCUUCUCAGAAUAACAUCUACAGACCCCAUCGAGAAGAUAUGAGCGAGAACUGGAACAGAAACAUGUACCCACAAGAUGGGAAUUAUGCCAAUCAGAAGUACAUGCAGUGGCAAAAUAGUGGGUCCCAGAUGAUCCCAUCUGCUCUCCAAGCUCAAGUCCCUAUGAAAAAGAAAGCUGGAAAUAUGAAAGGCUCUGUAUCUACUGAAUUUAACUAUAAUUUCGGUGAAAAACUAACGAAUGACAAUGAAGAGAAAGUCCCAUUUGGACUAUUUGAAAACAAGAGCGACUCUGACGAGGAGAACCACAACCAUAAAUUUUAUGAGAAAAUCUCAGAGUCAAUGGGUGGGCUUAGGCAUCCGAACCAACUUAAAAAUCAAGCAUUCUCAACUGGUAUUGAGCCAAUAAGGAAAUACACAGGCCAGUCUUUGGGAAAUGUGAAGGAAAGUGAGGAAGCUAAAGAGUAGAACCGCUUCCAUAAGAUUAGAAUACAAUUGACGUUACUUAUUCCGAAACUAAUAUCAAAUUUACUCAGACAUU